AUGUCAUCUUCUACCAGCUCUCCUGCUCCAUUGCAGCAGCCUCCCCCAGAUACUUUGGAACUUAACGACCACAUUGAGCUUACCCUGUAUGCAAUCCGAUCUAUAAAUGUUGGAGAUGAUAUCCCUUCCCCAUUGCUGUACCUCUUGUCAUUUGAAAAAAUGGCUGGUGAUCUAGACGACAAUGACAGAUACAAAAUAGUCUUGUCUGAUGGCAUGUAUAUGCAGUUAGCCAUUUUGCCACCUAAGUAUGCUGACUUAUUGCAUGCGGAGACAUUGAAGAUAGGUUCUAUAAAAGAUGCAAACACAGUAUACAAAAAGAUUAACAGCCACCUUGAGAUUGUCUUGACUGCAACUUCAGUUUUGAAGAGAUGUGCCCCUGAUUCUGCUGAGCCAAGUAAAAAAACCCACUUCACCCCUAUUAAUGAAGUUCUCACCACCAACAACAAUACUUUGGUUGAUGUUAUUGGUGUUGUUGUCAAUGUCAGAGAAAUUUUUGUAAUUCGUAGAAAGGAUGGAUCUACUGUAAACAAGAGAAUAGUAAAAUUAAAUGAUAUGUCAGCUUUGGCAAUUGAUGUUAACCUUUGGCGGCCGCCAUCAGAACAACUAGGCAAUGACUUGAAGAAUAUGCAUGCAUCUGGAACAUUUGUCAUCCUUGUUGUUCAAAAUGCAAGGGUUGGGUAUCUCAAUGGGAAAGUUAUUAAUGUUUCAGCGUCAACAACUUUCAAAAUUAACCCUUCCAUUCCUGAAGCAGACCCCCUCCAUUUAAGAGGUUGUCUACAACUAUGCCUUGAUUCACACUCUUUGGAUGUGCAUGCCAAAAAUAACCAGUACAAGAGAAUGUCCAUUGCAUCCAUCCUUGAAUGCCUUAGCAUUGUGCCUGAAACCAUUGAGACUACUAUUACAGCUGUCUUGCAAUUCAUAAAGCGUGAACAGUUUUAUUAUACAACUUGCCCAUUACAAUUCAAUGGUAAAGAAUGUAAAAAGAAAUGUACUAAGCUAGCUGAGAAUUUGUGGCUCUGCCCUAGGUGCCAAACACAAUUCCCUGAAUUUUUGGUCUCUACUGACACAUACAACUCUGAAAGUAGAAUAAAAGUAACAAUCAAAAAAGCGCAGAGGCUUGAUUUUGAAGCUGAGUGCAGCUACUUACUUGCAGAGAUUGCCAGAAUGGGAGCAACUACAUGA